CAACCGAAACAAACAUUCCACAAACAUGGUGGCUUGUGAAGUCGUUUGAUAUAACUUUCUUGUACAACUAAACUUGUAGAUUUUAAUUCAGUGAAGCAAACGUAAAAAUGUUUGUGUAUUUAAGUAAAAAGAUUGCCAUUCCGAACAACACCAAACUGCGAUGUGUAUCGUGGAACAACGAGCAAGGCUUCAUAGCGUGUGGUGGAGAGGACGGGCUCCUGAAGGUUCUCAAACUGGAAACCCAGACAGGUAAAGAUGUGAAGGUGAAAGGCCUCGCUGCUCCCAGCAACCUGUCGAUGAACCAGUCCUUAGAGGGACACAGUGGAGCUGUGCAGUGUGUCACGUGGAAUGAACAGUAUCAGAAGUUGACCACCAGUGACCAGUACGGACUUAUCAUUGUGUGGAUGCUCUACAAAGGAUCCUGGUACGAAGAGAUGAUUAACAACCGGAACAAGUCCGUUGUUCGUGGAAUGAAAUGGAACGCUGAAGGGCAAAAAAUAUGCAUUGUUUAUGAAGACGGUGCGGUGAUUGUGGGCUCGGUGGACGGAAACCGAAUCUGGGGGAAAGAGCUGAAGGCAAUGCAGCUGUCCAAUGUUGAGUGGUCACCGGAUGGUAAGAAGAUUCUGUUUGGAAUGGUUAAUGGCGAAGUUCACAUCUUCGACAACACUGGCAACUUUAUUACCAAGCUGCAGGUAUACUGCCUAGCGAACGUGAGUGGUGCUAUCCACAUUGCGGGCAUGGUGUGGUACAAUGGGACGUUCGGAUACGUCGAGCCGAACUGCCCCUCACUGGCGCUGUGCUUCGACAACGGACGAUGUCAGAUCAUGAGACACGAAGUGGAUGAAAAUCCGGUGUUGAUCGACACGGGAAUGCGGGUGUGUGACAUCGCGUGGAACCACUCCGGCUCUGUUCUAGCAGUUGCAGGCUCCCAGCCAUCGAUCGGGCAGGAGAAGGAAGCCAACAAUGUCCAGUUCUACACACCUUUCGGAGAGCACCUACGGACACUGAAGCUUCCUGGUAAAUCGAUGUGCUCGUGUUCGUGGGAAGGUGGAAGUCUUAGAAUCGCAUUGGCCGUCGACUCCUUCAUCUACUUCGCAAACAUACGACCCGACUAUAAGUGGGGAUACUGCUCAAACACGGUGGUUUAUUCCUUUACAAAGCCAGACCGCCAAGAACACUGCGUCAUUUUCUGGGACACGAAGAACAACGAGAAAUAUGUCAAGUAUGUGAAGAAUCUAAUUGGGGUUACGACAUACGGAGACUAUUGUUGCUUAGCAACUAAAGCUGAAGAAGGCGUGGGACAGUAUGUUCUUGUGUUGUGUAACUCGAUUGGGACUCCGCUUGACUCGAAGUACAUCGAGAUGGAGCCGGUGUUCCUGACGAUGACGAAGAACCACAUCAUCGCUGCGUCCAGGGAGGUCUUCUACACCUGGCAGUUCAAAAACCCCAAGAAACUCGCCAGUCUAGAGAUGGUCACCAAGAGAAAGGUUGGAGCAGAGCGUUUGUUUCACGUGGACGACAUGCCGUCAGGAACUGCCCCACCUGAGGAGAUCGACUUCAGUAAAGCAUUCAGUACUUCUGAGGAUUCAAUUUGCUGCAUAUGUGCUUCAGACAAAGUUCUUAUGGUGGGUCGUGAGUCAGGCAUAUUGAACCGCUACUCAAUGCCGAUCGUAGCCCUGACUCACAAGUACAACUUAACCUGUCGACCUCACCAACUCUCACUCAACUGUACGUCGAGUCGACUUGCUAUCAUUGACACGUCGGGUGUGUUGAACUUCUUUGACCUGAACACACGUGUCGCAGAUAAGAACGGGAAGGAGGUGAUCGGUGAGCAGCUCAAGUUUGAGCGGAAGGACGUGUGGGACAUGCAAUGGGCCGACGACAACCCGGAACUGUUCUCGAUGAUGGAAAAAACAAGAAUGUACAUCUUCCGAAAUCUCGAUCCAGAGCCUAUUCUCAGCAGUGGUUACAUUUGGAAAUAUUUAACGAUCCUGCUAGAUCACGACUCCGUUCUGCUGGAUGAGAUUAUGAAAGAUCUAGCUAAUCCUUUGAAAAAGUGUCAUUAAACUAACAUUUCUUUUCUUGUGCAGUCUUUACGUGACACCCGGGACCUGUUGGACAAAGUCGGCAUCGCGGACGCACAGCAGUUCAUUGAAGACAAUCCCCACCCCAGGCUGUGGCGUCUGCUUGCGGAGUCUGCUCUGGAGCAGCUCAAUCUGAAAGUGGCCGAGACAGCAUUUGUCAAGUGUCAGGACUACCAGAGUAUCGAGUUUGUUAAGCGGCUCGGAAACCUGCAGAGUGAGACGAUGAAACAGGCCGAGAUCGCAGCCUACUUCAAGAGGUUCGAAGAGGCAGAACGCAUGUACCUCGAUAUGGACAGAAGGGACUUGGCUGUGAAUCUGCGUAAGAAGCUGGGCGACUGGUUCCGGGUGGUUCAGCUUCUGAAGACUGGUGCGGGCGGCGAUGACCUACAGCUGGAGGAGGCGUGGAACGCCAUCGGGGACUAUUACGCUGAUCGACAGAAGUGGCAGCAAGCUCUGACAUACUACAUCCAGGGUCGGAACCAGGAGCGGCUGGCCGAGUGUUACUAUAUGCUAGAGGAGUACGCUGGUCUCGAGAAGCUGGUGAAUGCUCUGCCUGAAAACCACAAACUGUUACCGGAUAUAGCAGCCAUGUUUGUGAGUGUUGGGAUGUGUAAACAAGCUGUUGAAGCAUUUAUUAGGUGUAAUCACAUAAAGGAUGCGAUCGACACGUGUGUCCAUCUGAACCAGUGGAACCAGGCAAUCGAACUGGCGAAGAAACACAACGUCCACGAGAUUGACACGCUGCUGGCCAAGUACGCCCAGCACCUGCUGGAGAAAAACAAAACGGUCCACGCCAUCGAGCUGUACAGGAAGGCCGGGCACUACUUUGACGCUGCCAAGCUCCUCUAUAAGGUUGCCAACGAACAGGCGAAGAAGGGCUGCAAGCCUCUUCAUCUGAAGAAGAUGUACGUGUUGGCGGGACUGCUCAUUGAGCAGUAUCACGAGUCCAUGAAGAUGACGUCGCGCACCAAGACCAAAGUGGGAGGCAAACGAGCGGCGGGCGCGGAGGCCACGUCUGCCCUGGCUGGUUUCCUGGAGGAGGACGUGUUUGCGGUGACAGACACGAAGUUGAUUGACAGCGCGUGGCGCGGCGCCGAGGCAUAUCACUUCUACAUUAUGUGUCAGCGACAGCUACAUCAAGGUUAUGUAGAAGCAGCCAUGAGGACAGCUCUUCAACUGAGAGACUACGAAGACGUCAUUUCUGCCGUCGAUAUUUACUCUCUACUCGCCCUAGCGGCCUGUGCUAACCGUGCAUUUGGUACCUGUUCUAAGGCGUUCAUCAAACUUGAGUCUCUGGAUUCCAUAUCAAAAGAACAGCGCGAUGUCUACCAGGAACUGGCUCUUGAGAUUUUCACCAAACACAGUCCUAAAGAUAGUCAUACGAACAUGGUGGAAUGCACUACUUGCGGUUCAUCCAUCCCGGACUGGUCGAACGCGUGUGCGGAGUGUGACAACAAGUUCUCUGUGUGCAUCGUGACUGGCCGCCCCAUCAUGGAAUACCAGUACUGGCAGUGUAGCCACUGCAAACACUGCGCCAUCGAAACCGAGAUCAGCCAGCGCCAGACCUGUCCCCUCUGUCACAUGAAAAUAGGACCCUGAGUCAGAGACUGACGUUUUGUGUAUUCAUCAGCCAGUCCCAGACCUGCCCCCUCUGUCACAUGAAAAUAGGUCGGGAGACGAGAGUCUUCUACAUUUAUCCGAAAUUCCCGAUUUUUAAUCAUCAGUACAGUGUUUCUGGGGGUUUUCUGCCAUUUGUCCAAAAUUUACCACAUUUUCCGUCCAAAAAAGUUACAAUACAGUUUCGGCUGCUAAUUAAAUUUGUAAAAUUCUGAAGUGGUGGUGGAGGUAGGGGGAUAGUGGGUCUAA